GUUUCCUUUUUCGUUGAGACGUGUAUGCCACUUCCGGUUACAUGACGACGGCGUUAAUACAAAAAGAGAGAAGGAAAACAGGAAAAUACCUUUCUCGGCGAGGAUACAUUCGAACCCGGCUACAACCAGCCGAUUAGCGGUAAAGUGGUUCGUAUGUGAAGGGAAAACUACCAAGCGACAUCAGCCCAGCCCGUUCGGGCAGCACUCGAUCCGCGAAAGCCUGGAUAUUUUGGAGUUUAUUGUUCUUCGCUUGCUCCCUGCUGCUAACAGCUAUCUCCGUGCUAGCGCUAGCUAACGCUGGAUGCCAGCAUUCCGUGCGCUCUCAGGUCUCCAUUAACAGGCGGGUAGGAAAGGUGACGGCGCCACUGCAGCCUCCAGUGAACAGGGGAACGACACCACAGCUUCUUCGAGCUCGGUGACAUUGAGUUUGGCAGCGAGAAUGGCAACGUCGGCUCUGUACGCCUGCACCAAGUGUAACCAGCGGUAUCCCUUCGAAGAGCUGUCCCAGGGCCAGCAACUGUGCAAGGAGUGUCGCAUCGCACACCCCAUUGUGAAGUGCACGUACUGCCGAUCUGAAUUCCAGCAGGAAAGCAAAACCAAUACGAUCUGCAAGAAAUGUGCCCAGAAUGUCAAACAGUUUGGAACCCCCAAGCCCUGUCAGUACUGUAACAUCAUUGCAGCGUUCAUCGGGACAAAGUGUCAGCGUUGUACCAACUCAGAGAAGAAAUACGGACCUCCACAGACCUGCGAGCAGUGCAAACAGCAGUGCGCCUUCGACAGGAAGGAGGAGGGCAGGAGAAAGGUGGACGGAAAACUACUGUGCUGGCUCUGCACUCUGUCCUACCGCCGUGUCCUGCAGAAGACCAAGGAGCAGAGGAAGGGCUUCGGCUCCUCCAACUCUUCGUCGUCCCUAAACGAGAAAGACCACCACUCCAGACCUCACCAUCAUCACCAACACCAACAUAGGCACAGCAGUUCUCACCACAAGUUGAGUGGGAGUCUGAGCCCUGAGCAGGAGCAGGGACUGUGGAAGCAGAGCCAUAAAUCGUCUUCAAUCCAGAAGGAGACUCCAAAGAAGAAACCAAAACUGGAGAUGAAGCCAUCCAACGGAGACAGCAGUUCCAUCACUCAGUCUAUGGACAGUGGAGGGACAGACAACUUUAUCCUCAUCAGCCAGCUCAAAGAGGAAGUGAUGUCACUAAAGAGACUCCUGCAGCAAAGAGAUCAGACCAUCCUGGAGAAGGACCGAAAGCUCACUGAGCUCAAGGCCGACUUUCAGUAUCAGGAAACCAACAUGAGGGUGAAGAUGAAUCAGAUGGAGAAGUCGCACAAAGAAGCAAUGGAGCAGCAACAGUCCAAGAACAGGGAGUUGAUGAAACAAGUGGCCGCUCUCUCUAAAGGAAAAAAGUUUGACCGGACAGGAAGUUCCCUGCUGUUGCCAUAACAUUAGGUCGGCCGGAGGGGAUCCCACGAGAGGGUGGACGCUUCGUUGGUGUUAAGCUCUGAAAGUCUCCGUCACCAUCAUUGAUUAUUUACUCCAGAGGCCACGUCGUACACGGGGAAAGAAAUGUUGAACCGGUCUUUCUCUACACGUCAACAGGUUUUAGAUAUUUUACGUCAACGUCUCUUCUGGUUAUUGGGAUGUGGUGGAGCGGAGAGGGGAGCUCUCAUUUUCAAACACUGCCGGGCCAAAACAAAAAAGCAUGGUGUUCACACGUGGAUCAUGACCUGUCCACCUGGUUUUUACGGAUAUCAUGCGAUUUAUUUAUUCAACCGUAUUUCUUAGCCUUUUUUUAUUUCCUCACAACAUAGAUACAGAACACCCUGAAUUUUUGGGGUUUUCUUUCAAUAGCAGUUAGUUAUAUUUUUCUAAAUGGAUGCGACUUGUGGAAGACGGGUUUUUUCCUCAGCGGAGACCCCGUGCAAUUUUAUAAUUUAUGCAAACGAGAGAAAGGUGACCACUAAGCUGCUGCUCAACAGUAGAAACUUUCUCUGGGUCUCUCUCUGUUACAAACACACAAUAAAAAAACCAAUGAACACUUUGAAAGACUGUCUGACAAAGAGACACCUCUUGGCUGCGCUCUCUCACUGUGUGACAGCUCACAGUACUUUGCUGUUUCUCUCUGGUGGAACGGUCGUACUGCAUGGUUUUACUGCCAGAUGGUGUGGUGGUCAAAAGUUUCCUCUUUUUUUUUUCCUCUCUCCUUUUAUUUCAUAUUUUUUUAAGAAUCACUUGUAAAUGUAUCACUGGGGUCGGCCAUUGUAUUUAAACUGUUGCUUGUACCUGUUUAGUGAGUGCAGUAUGUAUAUGGUGAGGCCGGUCACAAUCAUCAUGUCAGUAGAAGAGGAUUUUUAAAAACAGAACACACACACACACACACCCUUCACCUUACAUCGAUGGGCUGCUUUCAUACUGUGGCAUCCAGGAUCAAUUUUGUACUUUUUUUCCAAAGUGUUUUAAAAAAUUAUUAAAACUGGCAAAAAUGA